AUGAUCCCCAAACCACGCGCUGAGAGCGACCCCGCCGACGCGCCCAGCCCCGCUGCUCACGCGCGUACGGCCGCCUUCUCCGUCUGGGGCGAGGUGAGGUGUGGGGCGGCCGCGACGUCGCACAAGGGCUCUCGCGUAGGAAUGGGGUGUCAUGGAUACGCCGUCAACGAUGGCGUGACCCCGUGCCCAACCGGCUGCGAGGAGACGCACUCCGUGGCGUCCGCGCCGCAUAGCUCCGCCCCUGCAGGGGGGCGUUGCCGCUCCUGCGAGGCGCCCGCACUGGUGUCCCCGCUGCGGUUGAUAGUGGGCGACCUCUGGGGGCAAAACGGGGGCGCCGUCGGCCACGGACUGGGCGGGGGCGAACACCAGCGACAGCGGCUUGCGUCCACCGGGGGUGGCAGAGGCGGCCGUCGCAGCAGCAGCAAAUGCAGCAAAUGCAGCAUGGUGUGUGCGACUGAGGACGGGGUAAGCCCAGUUCACCGCCGCCACCGCAGUCGUCGGCUCAGCACAGCGGCAUUGGGAGAGCGUAGCGACAACGAGGGGCGCAAUCGAUCCGAGGGAACGGAGGGAGAUGCGCCUCUCAGCUCUCGCGCCGGCGAGGAGUGCUGGACGCACCGGGGCCUGGCGUAUGCCUCGGCCUCCGCUGGCACGCGGGCGGGCGCCAUCGCCCUCUCACUGUUUCAGCGACUGUUAGGGCAAGCCGUGGGCUCGCGGUACUUUCAUGCGUGGUGGAGAUUUAUUUUGUUGAAAACGCGUCCGCCAAAGGGGGUAAACACCUUGGCGCAUACGGCGGCUGGAGCUCAAUCGCAGUGUGUGGAUCCGUCACGCUUUUGCGUGUCUGUGGCCUCCACUCUGGAGGCUAGCCGAACGCCCUCGGAGACGCGAGGGCGCGUUGUCUCCCCGGAACUCAUGCGGAGCACGGCCUCCGUGGGGGAAACGCUGCUGGGGACGGUUUCUCGUUGCGAACCUCUUCUCAAAGUCAAAGACGAGCGGGACACGCGCUCGUUGCGCUGCUCGGUUUCGGUGGCUCCCGCCUUUUCCGCUGAAUUGCCCGAGUGCCUCUCGCUCUUUCCCGCCCGCCAAAUUUCACCCGCCGCGCGCCGCUUGCGGAGCACGGGCGCCGAAGACCACCCGCUACAAGGGGCUCCGGGGCACGCGCACGCAGUACAUCUGCUGAACUGGCGGGACCUGCUAGUAGACCCCGAGAGGGCGUCCCGCGCCGCCCUUAGGACCGAGGAAUCAAAUCAGCGAAGUGAGCUUCAGUUGAACGCGCGACGGGUACUGGACAAACUUUUCAUGGUGGCCCUCUGCGGGCAGAGGCGGAUCUCUCUCUCCGUACCUCUCCGUGCAAACAGCCCUGCGCAGGCGGAGGAGGUUGAUGCGGCAAGGGCCCGUUCGGGCUUGCACCUCGCCGAGAAGAAGUAG